UUUUGUAUAAAAUUAAUGUCGAUUCCUCGUUUUGGCACAGACGUCCCACAGCGCUAUCCAUAGCCACUUGUGCCUUCUCACCAUGAAUUCUUUAAUUUGGUUUAUGUUUGCGGCCCUCGCUAUUGUCGUAGUGCAAUCCAAGCGGUUAGACCCCGGGCCACAAACAUUUAUCGAUAAGACACCAGCAGUGCAAAAUCCUCAGAAGAGGUAUGCCACAAAAGAAGUCGUAGUUUACCUUACACCAAGCCAAAUUAAGGCGAUACAAGAAGGUAAAGGUUUUAUCAGUGCCGAGCCAGCGGAUCAAGCUGAACCUGCUGAAGAAACUGAACAAGAGACUGAGGAGCAGCAGCCGGAACAGGAUGACCUUUUCGAAUUGAGUCCUGAAGAGUUAGAGCAAUCUCAAGCAGCUGAGGAGGAAGAAGAUCAGGCUGCGCCUACGAUACCUGUGGAAGAGCCAACCUCGGAACAAAUUGAAGAUGACCCUCAGUUCGCUUGGCUUUUCAGGCAAGACGAUAAGAAUUUCGUGCCAUCCCCCGAAGAUCCUUACGCUUACUUGCGUUACUAUCCCGAAACUGAAACACAAACUGAACAAGCUCAGUCACCUGAGACAGAAGAGGAAGUUGAAGAGGAAACAGAAGAAGCUCAACCUGAGACUCAGCAAGAUCAAGAGCAACAGCAAAGAUUCCGACUAGUUCCCUUCGAGUCUGCUUCUGAAAAACCUGCCCCAAGCACGACCAAGGCUCCUCAAGAAGAACCAAUCAGAGAACGUUGGCUGCGCUUGUUGGAGUUGAACCGUUCUCAAUUGAGAAAACAACUGGCCUCACAACAAUCCACGACUACAACUACUACAGAGCAACCGAGACCAGACGGUGAGACUACCUUGGGCAGAUUCCGAUUCUCUGCGAGAUAUAAUGACCAGAGACAGGCGAUUGAAAACGAGGAACGCCGUAAAGUUCAGUUGGAAAAACUAAGAGCCAAUAUAAGAGCGGAAGGUCGUGGUAACCGCGCGCCAUUCGUUAUUCGCAAAGAUGGUACUAUUGCAAGGCAACGCCAGUCUUCUUUAGUGAAGCACGUUAAAGUUCCUACACCUGUUUUAGUCCCGAUCCCGGAGCCAUUCGAAGUGAAAGUUCCUCAUCCCUUCCCCGUUCCUUUGGAAAUUUUCAGACCUCUUGCUAACCAAUCAGGCAAAUCUAAAAAAGGAGAAGCAAAGAAAGCAGCCGCUGCCGCUCGUAUUGAAAACGAAAGACCAAGAACUACGACUACAAGAAGACCAACAACAACAACGACAACGACAACAACAACAACGACUGAGCGCCCCUCUGCACCGGAGCGUCGGGUACCUUCUGAUAACAGAAAGGAAGUGACAGUAGAAGUACCAACCCGCCAGAGAGGCCAGCCAGAGAGGAUAACCAUCAUCCGACACAUCUGGGACAAAUAGUUAAUUAACGCUAAAUAGGUUAUCAUUGUUGUUGUUUCAUUUUAUAAAAUUUGUUGAGUGUUCUAUUGAAUUUAUGGUUGAUUCAUGGUGAUGUCUGUUAUUUAAGUAUACGUUGUUUUUUUUCUAC